AUGUCUUCUAUUUACAAGGCACUAGCCAAUCCCAAGUCUAAGGAGAAGUCUGAAAAGACCCAUAUGAACAGACAGAGGGUCCUAUUAAUCACAUCAAGAGGUGUCAACUACAGACAUCGUCAUUUGAUUCAGGAUCUCUACUCACUGCUACCACACUCUAGAAAGGAACCCAAAUUGGAUACUAAGAAAGACUUGCAACAGUUGAACGAGAUCGCAGAACUAUACAACUGCAACAAUAUCCUAUUUUUUGAAGCUAGAAAGCAUCAAGAUUUAUACCUAUGGAUGUCUAAACCACCUAAUGGACCUACCGUGAAAUUCUUCGUUCAAAAUUUACAUACCAUGGAGGAAUUAAAUUUCACUGGGAAUUGCUUGAGAGGUUCAAGACCAAUCCUUUCAUUUGAUCAUAAAUUUGACGAAUCUCCACACUACCAGUUGAUUAAAGAGCUGUUGUUGCACAAUUUUGGUGUACCACCACAGUCAAGAAAGACCAAACCAUUCUUUGACCAUGUAAUGUCAUUUAGCAUCGUGGAUGAUAAGGUUUGGGUUAGAACUUUUGAAAUUUCUCAUUCCGCAAGAAACACUGAAGAAUACCAAGAAGAGCAAGAAGACAUAUCGUUAGUAGAAAUCGGACCUCGUUUCGUAAUGACCGUCAUCCUUGUACUUGAAGGUUCAUUUGGUGGACCCAAGAUCUACGAGAACAAGCAGUACGUCUCGCCAAACUUCGUUAGAGCUCAAUUGAAGCAACAAGCAGCUCAACAGGCAAGAGAUAGAUCUGAAGCUGCCAUUCAAAGGAAGAUUAGAAAGAGGGAGAACGUUUUAGCGGCUGACCCACUUUCAAAUGAAGUUUUGAUGAAGGAAUAA